GACAGGAAAUACGGAGGAAAAAUUGAACUGUAUAGAAGAUAAGUAAGAACAAGAAGUGUUAUCAGUUUUAUGAAUAUAAGUUAGGGAUAAUUGGUUAUUGGUCCAAAUUACACAUAUCACUAAUAUUCAUAUAGACAAGCAAAUAUGGACUUCAUCAAGAAGACGAUAUGGGGUCCAGACCCCAAAGAACAAAUGAGAAAAAUAAAUCAAAUACUUCGAAAGAAUAAAAGAGAAUUGGAUAGAUCCAUGAAUCAGCUUCUGCCAUUGAAGAAAAAGACAGAGGGAUUGAUUAAGAAAGCUGCCAAAGAAAAAGACUAUAAAACUGCCAAAUUAUAUGCAAAAGAAUUAAUCAACGUCAAUAGACAAUAUAAUAAACUACAUCUUUCUAAAACAAGAAUAGAUUCCAUUACAAUGUCAAUUAAUGAGCAAUGGCAAAUGAAUAAAUUAACCCAGUCCUUACAUUCUCUGACUUCAGUUAUGAAAGAUGUUAAUCAAUUAGUUCAUUUAGGAGUAUUACAAGGUACAAUGCAAGAAUUAUCUAAAGAAUUAAUGAAAGCGGGUAUUAUAAAUGAAAUGAUGGAUGAUAUGGUCGAUUUGGAUUUUGAAGAUGAAGAAUUAGAAACUGAAUCUCAAGAUGAAGUUAAUAAGAUAAUCGCCGGAUUAAUGGAAGAUCAAUUCUCAAAGAUUAAUAAUGAAGUUCCGACUACCAAAUUAGAUGAAGAGCCUGAACAAGAAGCUCCAGUACAUGAAGAAGAGGAUGAAGAGGCUUUGGAUGAAAUGAGAGAGCGAUUAAGAGCUUUACAAGAAUAAAUUACAUAUUUUUAAUAUACUAAUUUUCAUAUUAUUUUUGUUCCAUGUAUAAUAUA